UCUCUAGUCUAAGACUAGCGCAGUAUGGCGGCGCGGGAACCACUCAGAGGAGCUCCGUCUGAUGGCACGGCUGCUCCCUUAUCUGCCAGGCUGGCGGUACUGAGUCCUGUGAACAGCUUCCAAAGCAGCGUGGAAGGGCUGGUUGCGCCGGUGCUGAGAAGGCUGACCUCCCAAGAGACGUACUACUGCCAGAUCUGCCUCUGCAACUGUCCCGCCAGCGACGGUUUCCAGUUGUCCAGUUGCAAUCACCUCUUCUGCAGCCACUGCUUGCGAAGUUAUGUGGACACGAGGCUCGCUGAGGCAGCGCUGUAUGGCUUGCUGUGCCCCUUUCUGCCGGAUUUUCAUGGGGAGGGAGGUUUGAGCGCCGGCUGUGCCACGGAGAUCCCCGACGAGGAGGUGCAGCGCUUGUGUGGGGAGGAGACCUUAGCACAACUUCAACGCUUCAGGGCCAUGAGACAAGACGAGACUUACCGGGAGUGCCCCUCCUGUCAGGCGCGCGUACUGGGCGGUGGGCCCGGAAGGCGGCAACGUACCCUGACGUGCCCCCAAUGUUCUCUGGUCUUCUGCUUCAAACAUGCGAAUGCGCAUCCAGGUCAGUCCUGUUGGCAGUUCGAGAUGAUGCAUCGCUUGACGCAGCUGAAAGCAGCGGUGCUCAUGGCCACGGUGAGCCGACGCUGCCCCAGCUGUAGCAUGAAGAUCAUCAAGGACGGCGGCUGUAAUCACAUGACUUGCGCAUUCUGUGGCGCGGACUUCUGCUGGUUGUGUGGUCGUCAUCUCACAGGCGAGUCGGCAGUGCAGCGCCACUAUGCCAGUUGGAACCUUUGUGGCUGUCCCGGGAUGCAGAUGCGGGAGCCGGGCAGGAUCACUUGUCAAGGCCUUGCUGGUUUGCCAGGAGGCAAUUCGGUAGGCUCUGCGUUGAAGAAAGGAAGAUUGAUUGAGAACAAGAUCUUUGGCUCCAAAGGCUGUUUGUUCUACAGUGGUGAUGACGCAGAGCCCAGCUCUGGGCAACUGGAGGUGCUUUGCCACGACGGCUUCAAUGAGUCAGUGCCUGACUUUCACUUCGAGAACACCACGAAGGAAGGACUGGGCCCCGAAUCCUUGCGGAGCUUCCUGGAUGCCUGUCGUGGGGAGCUGGUGGUGAACCCAGCUGACGCUGAAAUUGGUUUGCUAGUUGUAGAGACAAUCGAAACUAUGUACAAAAGUGCAAAGGCUGGUGUGGUUCAGCCGAUUCAUGAAACUGCCACGUGAACGCAAG